GGCGCGGGCGGGUGCGGGCGCCGCGCGGCCCAACAUGGCGGCCGGAGAGGGGCUGCUGCUCACCAACCACGACCACCACAUCCGCGUCGGCGUGCUCACAGUGAGCGACAGCUGCUUCAGGAACCUCGCAGAAGAUCGGAGUGGUUUAAACCUCAAGGACCUGGUACAAGAUCCUUCUUUGUUGGGUGGGACUAUAUCGGCUUACAAGAUAGUGCCAGAUGAAAUAGAAGAAAUCAAGGAAACGCUGAUAGACUGGUGCGAUGAAAAGGAACUUAACUUGAUUUUGACAACUGGAGGAACCGGGUUUGCACCGAGAGAUGUCACCCCAGAGGCCACAAAAGAAGUAAUAGAACGGGAAGCCCCAGGGAUGGCCCUGGCUAUGCUGAUGGGAUCACUUAAUGUUACACCUCUGGGCAUGCUCUCUAGACCCGUGUGUGGAAUCCGAGGGAAAACCCUCAUAAUCAACCUGCCAGGUAGCAAGAAAGGGUCACAGGAAUGCUUUCAGUUCAUACUGCCAGCCCUACCUCACGCCAUCGACCUCUUGCGAGAUGCCAUCGUAAAAGUUAAGGAGGUACAUGAUGAAUUGGAAGAUUUGCCUUCACCGCCACCUCCCCUUUCCCCUCCUCCUACUACCAGCCCCCAUAAGCAGACAGAGGAUAAAGGGGUCCAGUGUGAGGAAGAAGAGGAAGAGAAGAAGGACAGUGGGGUGGCCUCAACAGAAGAUAGCUCCUCAUCACACAUAACUGCGGCCGCUAUCGCAGCCAAGAAGCAUCCAUCCUAUUCCAGUAUUGCUGUUAUCAUGGCCCAUGGUACACCGCCCAUCCCGGGUCUCAUCAGUUAUUCCCAUCAUGCAACAGACUGUGCAGGAGGACGGAUUCCAGACUCCAUUAUUUCCCGUGGCGUUCAGGUCCUCCCACGAGACACGGCUUCCCUCAGCACUACCCCUUCAGAAUCACCUCGGGCCCAAGCCACAUCUCGCCUCUCCACGGCUUCCUGCCCAACACCAAAACAAAUUAGACGACCGGAUGAAAGCAAAGGAGUUGCUAGUAGAAUUGGAUCCCUCAAACUCCAUCGAAAGCUGGAGGAGCUCAGAGGUCACCUAGAAGGCAAUGUGAAAGGAUACUCUCUCAGAGUAAAUGUGCAGUCCAGGUGCAGCAGCAAGGAGAACAUUCUCAGAGCCAGUCAUAGCGCGGUUGACAUCACCAAGGUAGCAAGAAGACACCGCAUGUCUCCAUUCCCACUGACAUCUAUGGACAAAGCCUUCAUCACAGUCCUGGAGAUGACCCCAGUGCUUGGGACUGAAAUUAUUAACUACCGAGAUGGGAUGGGUCGAGUCCUUGCUCAAGAUGUCUACGCAAAAGACAAUUUACCCCCGUUCCCAGCAUCUGUGAAAGAUGGCUACGCUGUCCGAGCCGCUGAUGGUCCCGGAGACCGUUUCAUCAUUGGGGAAUCUCAGGCUGGCGAACAGCCUACUCAGACAGUGAUGCCAGGGCAGGUCAUGAGAGUGACAACGGGCGCCCCCAUCCCCUGUGGUGCCGAUGCCGUGGUUCAAGUGGAAGACACAGAACUCAUCAGGGAAUCAGACGACGGUACUGAAGAACUUGAAGUGCGGAUUCUGGUACAGGCUCGGCCAGGCCAAGAUAUCAGACCCAUCGGCCACGACAUUAAGCGAGGCGAGUGUGUGUUGGCCAAAGGAACCCACAUGGGCCCGUCAGAGAUUGGUCUCCUGGCAACCGUAGGGGUUACAGAAGUAGAAGUGAACAAGUUUCCGGUGGUUGCCGUCAUGUCAACGGGGAACGAGCUGCUGAACCCCGAGGAUGACCUCCUACCAGGGAAGAUCCGGGACAGCAACCGCUCAACUCUCCUAGCAACAAUUCAGGAACAUGGAUACCCAACCAUCAAUCUGGGAAUUGUGGGAGACAACCCAGAUGAUUUACUCAAUGCCUUGAAUGAGGGUAUCAGUCGUGCUGAUGUCAUCAUCACAUCAGGGGGUGUGUCCAUGGGGGAAAAGGACUAUCUCAAGCAGGUGCUGGAUAUUGAUCUUCAUGCACAGAUCCACUUCGGCAGGGUCUUUAUGAAACCCGGCCUGCCAACGACAUUUGCGACUUUGGAUAUCGAUGGUGUAAGAAAAAUCAUCUUUGCACUCCCAGGGAAUCCUGUGUCAGCUGUUGUCACCUGCAAUCUCUUUGUCGUCCCAGCCCUGAGGAAGAUGCAGGGCAUUCUGGACCCACGACCCACUAUCAUCAAAGCCAGGUUAUCAUGCGAUGUGAAACUGGAUCCUCGCCCAGAAUACCACCGGUGUAUACUGACUUGGCAUCACCAAGAGCCACUGCCUUGGGCACAGAGUACAGGGAAUCAGAUGAGCAGUCGUUUGAUGAGUAUGCGCAGUGCCAAUGGGCUGUUGAUGCUACCUCCAAAGACAGAACAGUACGUGGAACUUCACAAGGGCGAGGUGGUGGACGUCAUGGUCAUCGGAAGGCUAUGAUGGUCACCAGCAGGAGCAAAGCUUUGAUGCAUGUCCACAUAUCAUUGACUGUAUCCCGUAAUAUGCAACGGCACAGCUAGUUUUUCUGAUUUGGAUAAAAGUCGAUCAGUAUAGUCAACAACUGGAACUAUAUUUCAAAUGACUUUAAAUAAAUACCUUUUAAAAACACGUUAAAAAAAAACAAUCUUAACAAAGAACUCUAUUCUGGUUAUAGCAAAGCAACUUUUUCCUUUCUUGCAAUCGCUUUGUGUGUUCAAUGCUAGGUCUGAUAGCGGUAGCUUUUAGUAGACAGCGGUAGGUGCCUGCGGAACUUGUGUUUUUUCUCAUCUUUAAAAUACAACUACUUAUGCUCUUAAAACAAGGCUGUCUGCUUAUUUAUACUAGCUUAGGCGACACUUGGAUUUCCCUUCUUAGUAUGCUUCAUGACCGCUUCACGGAGAGCUUUGCUUGUUCUUUAUCUUGUAACUUGUGUGUAUGUGCACAGAGCCAAUAACGGGGUGGGGGGCUCUGCCCGGCAGAGAACCGGCCCUUCCGGAGGUCUUGGGGUGACCCAGGAGGGGCCCGCGAUCCAGCAGCCGCCCGGCUCGGUGCUCUCGGCGGUAACUGGACACCUUUUAUUUCAACAGACAAAUAGACAAAAAAAAAAUUGCUUCCUUAAGUGCUGACAGCCUUUUUAACCAAUACAUUUAAAAAUGUACAGAAUUCAAAAUAAAAAAAAAUCAAAGACUGAUCUUGUACAGAUAUUAGUGUUACCAGCAUUCAUGUGGAAAUUAAAAUGAGCAAAGAAUUAAAAGCCUAAUGUUGAACAACUCUGUACCAUAACAUUUUCUGUAAUGAUAUUGAAACUUAAUAAAUAAAAGAUUCCUUGAUCAUUAGUUAAAA